GUCGGUAGGUGGCGGCGUUUUGCGUCGAGAAAGCAGGAAGUUAAAUAACAUCCACAUCACAUCCGUGAAUCAGAACGGCAGUAAAAGAUCUUUGUCAGUCCCUCCAAACUUCUGCCGUGACAGACCUUCUGUAGAUGCCAUCUGGAGCUCCAAAGGGGGAGAACUGUCUUGUAAACAUGGACAGCAAGGCCGGAGAUCUGUUCAGUGCUGAGGAUGCUCAUCCAACUGGAACAGGUGGAGCUGGAGUCUUGACAAAACUUUGGCUCCCUAAAGGCUUCUCAGUCAAUAUGGCUAAAGAGUGGAUUGAUAGGCGCCGAGUGUCCAUUCGACCAUGGGCCAGCUUCGUGGACCAACGCAAGUUUUCGAAACCCCGCAACUUUGGAGAGUUGUGUCAGAGGGUGGUGAAAAACGUAGAAAUUUACAACAGCAACUAUACCUUUGUCUUCCUGGGUCUCAUCCUCUACUGCAUUAUCAGCUCUCCCAUGCUACUGAUUGCCUUGGCUGUGUUCGCUGGUGCCUUCUACAUAAUCCACCUCAAAUCCCUGGAGUCCAAACUGGUUGUCUUUGGCAAGGAGCUGACUGUCCCUCACCAGAUGAGCCUGGCUGGAGCUGUGUCUCUACCUGUGUUCUGGUUGGCUGGAGCUGGAGCUGCAGUCUUUUGGGUUCUGGGAGCAACGCUGUUUGUGAUUGGCUCUCAUGCUGCGUUCCGUGAGCUGGAGGGAUCCGACAUGGAGGAGCUCUUGAUGGAGCCAGUGUGAAGAGCAGGCUGAACUCUCAACAGGUGCUGGCUGACGAUCAGUCUUCACUUUGACCCUGUAAUUGCAUUUGCCCAGAGGGAUUGAGGAAAAACUACUCUUAGAUCUGUUCCUUAGCUACAUGUAUAUUCUAUAUUCCCUGUAUUUUACCUAUGCCAGAGUAUCAAGAACGCACCUUUUCUUGCCUCUGAAAUUGUUGUUGUUACAGACUGUAUAGCAUCUUUCAAACUCAUCCAUACACAUAACUUGCACAAAUAAUGAAUUUUUAAUGCGUAUUUAAGCACAUUACCGUACAAAUUAUAUGCCUUUCUUUACAUAUUUUGAACCUUGGAAGCCUCUGGUUUGUGUCAAAUAGCUUUUCGCUCCCCGCAUCGUCCCUUUAUACAGUGAUAUAUCUUUCAGCUUAUUAAUGUUUUUGCAAUACUCUCUGCUGUAGGUAUCAUGAGAAAUAGCUCUUUUUAUUAUGUAAAGAUUAUGUAUACAUAUAAUUGCAGUUUAAAGCUUUAAAAAUAUGUCUCUUAUAAAGAUCAUGCACAAAUAUCACAAAAUGCUUUAUUCAAGAGAAUAAAUUGGUAUUUCUGAUAGGCUACUUAACAUAGAUAGGUUGAUGAAAAGUGGUCGGUACUUAGUAGGGGUGUUUUAUAUUGGGGAUAAUAUGGUACUCUGCUGAGAAUAUGCAUAUUUAUCAGCUCUGCUUGCAACAUUCAGAUCUGAAGGUCACUGUAUAAACCUGAUAUAUUUCUUUUUUGAAAUUCAUUAUUCACUUGUUCACAUUUUGGUGUAAGUUGAGUGUUUUUGUAUUUACUUGACUAUUUGGAAGUGCAAUAAACCCCUGAUGUAACAAUC